AUGGAGUAUGGCCAACUCGACCUCAAGGCGCGGCAGCUCGCCACCGGCCUCGAGGACCUUGGGUACGCGGCUGGCAGCGUCAUCAUCUCGGACUUUCCAAACACGGCGGAGAAUCUCCUCCUGCAGUGCGCGCUCGCUCAUGUCGGGGCCGCGAUCGCCACGCCUCCAAAGGACGAGGCGGCAAUGGCGGCUCUAUGCGCGGCGCACGACGUGCGAGGCGUCGUCACGGUGGACGGCAUGGCGCCAACAGCGGGUCCGGCCAAGGCCUUACCGACCGUCUACCUGGAGCUCGAGGAGGGCCUGCGCCCCGCCACGCGUGGCGCCGUCGCCUUUGCCGAGCUCCUCGAGCACUGCCCGCCGCGUGGCGGCGCUCCCGCGGCGACGCCCGAGAGCCUCGUCGGCGUCUUCGGCACCGCGCCGCUCUCUCACGCAGCCGCAGCGGAUCUCGGCGCGGACGCCGCCUCGACGCUUGGCCUCAGCGCCGCGGACCGUGUCUGCUGCUCCGUCACGCUCAUGCACGCCUUCGGGGUGCAGGCCUGCGCCGCCGCAUUCGGAGCGGGCGCCGCGGUCGUCCUGCCGGCGGUCGGCGGCAUCCGCGGCUGCGGCGACCCGAGCCAGCGCGCGAGCGUUACCGCCGACGUGCUCGCAACCAGCGGCGCGACGGUGCUCUUCGGUGACACGCACACGCUGCGGGCGAUGGCGGCGGCGCCUGCGCCGGCGGCGAUGCUCGCGCUGAGGACGGGAGUAAUCAAGAUUGGGUCGGGGAGCAGCUUCUUGCCAGGCGUGCGCGAGGCGCCCGCGCCAAAGGGCGGCGAGCCGCUGCCACUCGAGUAUGCAGGCGUCGCGAUGCACGCGUUUGGAAAGGCAAAGUGA